CUUUUUUCUGCCUUCUCACUGUUGCCUGGUGUCAACCUACGCGGAGAACUAAGGUCUCUCCGCCUUCUUCCCCAAGCGGCCGUUUCCAAUUUGCGUUUGGUUUUCUUAUCGCCGCCUCUAUUGGCUUCUGCCGUGCCAGUCAGGCGCUUCCCCUUAGCUGUGGAGUUGAGUAGCAACAGCUCGGAAACAUCUGGGUGCCGCAGCUCGUCUCCUCGCUUGUUCGUACCGUCUUCCUGCAACCGCAGGUUGUUGCGGAGUGCUGCUGAAAGUCAAUCGAGUUCUUUUUUUCCACAUGAGAGGAUUUGACGGAGCUGGUCGGAAUUAAGAAACAGGACCUUGUUAUGAGGACAGCAUGGAGUUCCCAGACCACAGCAGACAUUUGCUCCAGUGUCUGAGCGAGCAGAGGCUUCAGGGCUUCCUUUGUGAUUCCACAGUGCUGGUCGGCGAUGCCCAGUUCCGAGCACAUCGAGCGGUGCUGGCUUCGUGCAGCAUGUACUUCCAUCUCUUUUACAAGGACCAGCUGGACAAAAGGGACAUUGUUCAUUUGAACAGCGACAUUGUCACAGCCCCGGCAUUCGCUCUCCUGCUCGAGUUCAUGUAUGAGGGGAAGCUCCAGUUCAAAACCCUGCCGGUCGAGGAUGUGCUCGCCGCCGCCAGCUACCUCCACAUGUAUGACAUUGUCAAGGUCUGCAAGAAGAAGCUGAAGCGGAAAGCGGCCGAGGUGAACGGCAGCAAAAGGGGGGAGGAGGACGCCUCCAGCUGCUCCGACAAGCUGGAGAGCCUCUCAGAUGGCAGCACGGACCACCCGGGUGCCGGGGACCUGCUGCACAGCGAUGAUGAGGACGGCGACACCAAGCAGGACUCACUGUCUGAGGCGGGCAGCAUGUGGAUCAGACUGCCGGGGGACCUGCCGGCCAGCAGCGGGGACGCGGAGCCGAGGGGGGCCGCAGCCGGCAAAGCGGAGCCGGCGGGAAGCCCCUUCAGCUCAGCGAGCUCCCUGACCCGACGGGUGUCAAGCGAUGCCGACUGCGUUCUGGACUUGUCUGUCAAGUCCAGCUCGGCAGGCGUGGCCGGGGAAACGGCAUCCGGCAACCCGUACUUCUGCAGCCCAACAUCCACAGACAUGCUCCAGGGCGGCCUGGUGCAGGUGAAGGUGGAGAGGGACACGGGCUCCGAUGAAGAUGACCUGGCUGGUGGGGACUACGAGAUGGACCACAGCAGCGCGAAGGACAGGCCCAAUAGCCGCUCCACCGGCGCCCACAACCACGCCGCCCACGGGCGCCUGGGCUACGAGGCACACCUCUCGGCUCUGCGUGACGCCUCCCUGUCCAGCGAGCUGGACCGCGAAGACAAGGCGAGCGAGGACGAUGAGAUGUUGAGCCCGGAGGGAGAGCGCGCCCAGGCGGAGGCUGCCGGCCUGGACGGCUCCUUGCUGCCGUACGUCUCCAACAUGCUCGCCCCCCCGCACAGCCAGAUCUUCAUGUGCCCGCUCUGCAACAAAGUCUUCCCCAGCCCCCAUGUGCUGCAGAUUCACCUCAGCACACACUUCCGCGAGCAGGAGGGUGUGCGGGCCAAGCCGGCCGGCGACAUCAACGUGCCCACCUGCUCCAUCUGCGGCAAGACCUUCUCCUGCAUGUACACGCUGAAGCGGCACGAGCGGACGCACUCCGGCGAGAAGCCCUACACGUGCACCACCUGCGGCAAGAGCUUCCAGUACUCGCACAACCUGAGCCGGCACGCCGUGGUGCACACCCGCGAGAAGCCGCACGCCUGCAAGUGGUGCGAGCGUCGCUUCACGCAGUCCGGGGACCUCUACCGCCACAUCCGCAAGUUCCACUGCGAACUGGUCAACUCGCUCUCUGUCAAGAGUGAGGCUCUCAAUUUGCCUAACGUCAGGGACUGGGCGCUGGAAGACAGCUCUCAAGAGCUGUGGAAAUGACCGAUAAAAAAACCAUACUCCUUUACAUUAUUAAGACAUAAACUGGGCAGAGAGGUAAGGGACCUGGGAAUAGGGUGGUGGGGGAGUCUAAAUCGGCAAUGAUUCUGGUAUGUUCAUCUCAACCUUGCUA